GUGCACAAAAGACACGUGGAGCAGCAAAUGCAAUCACGAUUGACGAUGACGACGAAGACUUCCAGCCAGCCAAAAAGCCGCGCCACUCUGUUCUUAAGGUUUCCGUUCGGGCUUGUGAUAUUAAGGAAACUGACGUGAGCCUACUAAAGAGCAAAGCUUCAGUGAGCACACCUGUGAAAGAAACGGGUGAGAAGCAGCCUGUCGGCACUACAGGAGCAACUGCGCCACAGACUCCUGCUAAGGGAAUUGAUGAAAAACCAAUAAAAAAGGUACCUAUUAUCUACUAUGGCACAAGAACCCAUAAGCAGAUCGCUCAAGUUGUGAGGGAGCUCAAAAAGACGGAGUACAGGAAUGCCAGGAUGUGCAUCCUGUCAAGCAGGGAGCGAACAUGCAUCCACCCUCGCAUCUCCAGGUCUUCGAACAAGAACGAAGAGUGCAAGGAGCUGCUCGACGACGUGGGCUGUAGGUUUCAAGGCAACCUGAAGAAGGGCAAGGAGUAUCCGUCCCUGUAUGAAAGCAGGACCAUCGAGCCUUACGACCUCGAAGAUCUUGUCAGGAUAGGAACGAGACAAAAGGCCUGCCCUUACUACUGGAGCUUGGACAUGGUCGACAGUUCGGACAUUGUGUUCUGCCCUUACAAUUACCUGAUCGAUCCAGUCAUCAGGAAAUGUCUGAGCAUUAACUUGGACAAUGCAGUUGUGGUGCUUGAUGAAGCCCACAAUAUCGAAGACAUCAGCAGAGAGGUGAUGAGCCUCAGCAUCACUCAGGAUCAAAUCAGAGACAUUAUAAUGGACUUAGAAGACAUGAUACGCCAAGACGCGCUGCCAGACCUUCAUCAUUCCCUUGCGAGAGUGAUGUCCAAGAUCAGUGUCUGGAUAUCCCAGCAUUCGGACCACCUGAAUGACUACCGCAGCUUCGAGCAGUCUGGCAAGGUCUGGUCGGGCAACGACAUCAUCGCCCUCAUGAUCGACAUUGGACUGGGCCCCGAAGCUUUCGAGUCAUUCCGGAAAACUGUGGCGCUCGUCACAAGCGUCGAGAAAGAUCCAGAAAAGUACCAGCCCAUGCUUCUCGCAUCUACAUCUGCCAUCCUCCAGAAUCUGGUCAUUAUCUUGGACUUCUUCUAUCGCAGCAACAUGAAGUACAUGAGCGACUUCCGGGCUGCAGUGGUGAAGUCUGUGUCCAAAAGGAGGCGCUCUGAGGCAGCUGGCGGGUGGCAUACAAAGAGCUCAGCUGGGAGUUCUUCCUGGACUCACACUUUGAGCUUCUGGUGCUUGAAUCCUGCAGUGGCCAUGUCGGACAUCAAGGACAAGGUGCAUUCCCUCAUCGUGGCUUCGGGAACACUGAGUCCAAUGGAAUCCUUUGAGUCGGAACUGGACAUGCCCUUCAAGAGCCAGCUGCAAGCCAAGCACGUUAUUCCUCCAGAUGGGGUUUGGAUUGGAGGCAUUGCAUGUGGACCUUCAAAGCUGAAACUCACCGCAAAUUACAGAACAGUAGAGACAUAUGUGUUUCAGGACGAAAUUGGCAGCAUUCUUCUUGACAUCUGCAAGACUGUACCUUUCGGGGUUCUCUGCUUCUUUACAUCAUACGGCAUGAUGAACAAACUGGUGCAGCGAUGGCGGAACACCGGCAUGUGGGACAACAUCUCUGAGCACAAAUGCAUCUUCGUGGAGCCGCAGAAGGCAGAUGCCGCAAGCUUUGAUGCCUCCAUGGUGGAGUAUUGCAGAUAUGCUACCAGGGAAGCCGUGGAUGUUCCGGGCACGGGAGCGCUUCUCCUCGCCGUGUGUCGAGGGAAAGUGAGCGAGGGAAUGGACUUUGCGGACAACACCGCAAGAGCUGUCGUGACGGUUGGAAUUCCCUUUCCAAAUGUCAAGGACAUCCAGGUGGACCAGAAGCGCAAGUACAAUGACCAAUGCAGCAAAUCAGGGAGGCCGGUGAUGUGCGGAAACUUCUGGUACGAGACUCAAGCCUUCCGUGCUCUCAACCAAGCUCUUGGAAGAUGCAUACGGCACAGGCUGGAUUGGGGUGCACUGAUUGUGGUGGAUCAACGUUUCUCUGAGAACGGUCGUUAUCAGAAAGCCUUAUCCAAGUGGAUCAGAGACAGAUUUCGGUGCUUCAAUCGAUAUGAAGAAGCCAUGGGCUCCUUGAAGGCAUUCAUGGAUUCAAAAAUGAGCACUGAAGAUGCACAGUGUGCCAAUGGUGCUGUCGCAAGCUGGGCAGGACCUCCAACUCUGGAAGCAAUGAUGGUUGCAGGCACUAGUAAUGGCUAUGCUUCAACAGGACUAGUCAACUGUGACCACAGCUUGAUCUUGACUGGAGAUGUCACCAUGUCCACCGGCUCUGCAAGUGUCUUCGAGUUGACAGAUGAUAGCAGCCAGGAAGCCUGCAUGAUAGUGGAUGGUGGUGUGCUGUCAUCAAGCACUGUGGAAAUGAGCACCUUACAAACUGAGUCUACCGUCGGGCAGAUGGACCAUGGGGUGUCAUCGACUGUGGUUAUGUCCCUAGAUGCAUCAACAGCAGACUGCACAUCUGACAAAGACAGCAUAAUUCUUUCGCCAGCCUCCACGAACACGGAAGAAACUGUGGAUUCAUUGAAUGUCGUGGAAAUCAAUCCGUGCAAAAAGCACUGUAAUGCCGAAAGAAUGUGUGAAGAGGCAUCAGGUUCAAGUGGGAUGUCUAUGGGAACACCAGCUGUGAAUUGUGUGUUUGAUGAAGACACCAUAAUUGGUUCGCCAACCUCCGUAAGAAUGGGAGAAACCACGGAUUCUCUGAAUGUCGUCGAAAUGACCGCAUACGAAAAUCGCUGCAGUGACGAUGUAAAUAAGUGUGGACAGGUAUCAAGUUUGAGUGUGAUGUCUGUGGAGGCACCAGCUGCGAGUGAUGAGGACACUAUAAUUCUUUCGAGUCCGCUGCACUCGGCUGACAGUCCAGAAAUAUUUUAAGCCUUGACUUUAGGUACCUUAAACGCGUACGUAGUAUUUUACUUCAGUCGGCGCUAUUUGGAAUCGUGUUUGCCUUUUUAUUGAAUGUCGUUUUCAACAGCAGACAUUUUGGGGGUCUUUGUUUGUGUGUUAUCUGUGGCUUGUAAUGUAUUGAAACAUGUUCAUUACCAUAUAUUUUGUAAUAAAUAAAGCUACGGUUAUGUUUCGUAC